AAUAAGAAUUUACAAUGACUGUUUUAAGGACGUCAAAAUCAGAGUUUUCAUAAAUCGUUAUACCCACAACGGGUUAUCCCCGAGUGUAACAAUUUUGGUCUUUUGUUCGGGACCUUAGAAGGUAUAUGAAACCGCUCGUCUAACGGACAAACCGGUAGUAGCAACAAAGUCGUUCUUCGAGUUAGACGUGCUAUUUAUAGUUUGCAGAAGAUAUUCGUGCUCUUUUACUUGCAAUAUGGAUAUUCCGGGACCGUCAACGAGCGCUAGUGCGAAGGAAGAAGAACAAGAAUUGAAUAACAAAUUGCUCUUAAAAAGUGCCUUAAAAAUAAGCGAGAAGUUGCUUGCUGAAAAUGAGUAUAUUCCAGAAGAGUCUGUGAAAGAUCUUUCAACGGAACAGGCAACUGUUAUAGGCCACGAAAUAUAUAACCGUAUCGUCGAUAUGGUUAAUGAUAUGCGUCUCAUUGAGGAGGAAGAAUUAGUGCUUCCACAUGAAGAAGAUAUUGAUGACAGUUUUAUUGAUUGUGCAUCAAUGUAUCCAUUAGAAGAGUCGUCAUCAUCGUAGUUAUCUCCACUUUCGGAAGAGUGGAUCGAUUCUCCGGAGAAAAAAAAAUUCAAAUCAAUAGAUUUGGAUUACAAACGGAAAGUUGUAGCCAUGGCAAAAGAACAUCCUAAUUGGUCGCUACAAACAUUACAGAGAAAAGGAGCACAUUAUUUAAAAUAUAAAAGAGAUUUAAAACAAUGGGAAAAAGAUGUAUUAUCUGGUGGAACGCGAUUUGACAAACUGUAUGCCAUCAAUUCUUGGACACUUGAUCGAUUUACAGAAGCUAGAGAAAAAUUCGAGCAAGUCACAACAAGAACGUUACAACAAUGGGCGAUGGCAGCUGCGCAACAAUUCCUCUCCAGCACAUUUAAAUUUUCAGCAGGAAAAACGUGGGCUGAUGAUUUUAAACGCAGAAAUAAUAUUCGGCAACGACGGAUUACCAAAUACGUUUCUGAAAAAGAGGCAGCAGAAAUGGACGAAAUUUUGGCUGUUGCGGAUAGAUUUAGGAAACAAAUCCAACCACUUUUACAAAAUUAUUCCCUAGAUUUAAUAAUUAAUACAGAUCAAACUGGUUGCCAAUAUCAGUCAACAAUUGAUCGGACAUUAGCACAGAAAGGCGUCCAAUCUGUAUUUGUUAAAAAGAAGAGUUCUUAUAAAAUUUCUCAUUCCUAUACGGCCCAAUAUGCAUUAACUUGUUCAGGAAAGCUUGUACCAAAAGUGUUUCUCUGUUUACAAGAAACUGGAGACAAAUUUGGUCCAAUAAUACAGAAGCAAGUUGAUGCUCUUGUUGUCGAAUUUGGUAAUGUCAUCGUCAAAUGUUCAAGGUCAGGAAAAUUAACUACAAAUAUCUAUAAAGACUUCUUAAAAGAAAUAUUACAGCCAUAUGUUAAGAAUGAACAGUUUUUAUUAAUAACAGAUUCUUGGGGUGACCAAACAAAUUCACAAAUAUAUGAUGAUAUUUUUGUGGAUGACGAGGAUAUUCCAUCUUGUCAAAUAAAAAUUAUUCCGUCAAAGUGUACUCUUUUAUGCCAGCCAUGCGACGUGUAUUUUUAUAGACAAGUUAGAAAUUUAGCAAAAAAUUACAAAAUUGUACAUAUCUCCUUAAAAGCAAUAGAGAAAUAGCCAAUCGUGAGGAUGCUAUUAAAAUACAA